ACGACGUUUCUCAGGCCUCCCAUAUACCUACCACACGAGAACACUAACCACCAUCCUUCGGCAUUCCCAUACGGAAGCAAGAAUUUGGCAUCAAGGGUAUGUGUGUGGCAUCCUCUCGCAUCAAAGAUCCCGCUAACCAGGUUUUACUCAGCUGUUCAGUCAGUGCUUGUAUGCAUACUGCAAUACCUCCUGCGCAAACGUUUUGCCCAUGCAUACCACGAACGCUUCACAUCGAUCUCGGAUAUUGUCCAAGAGAUCUGUGGUUUCCCGAGGAUUUGGUUUGAGUGUCUAGUCAGUGCUGUAUGCAUAAUGCUUUAGCCGGGGGUUUCUAGAUCUUUGCUGCUGCUAUUUUGGAGCGUGGUGCAAUGG